UUGAAAAUUUGAAACUUAUGAUAAUGCGCGUUACGCAGUUAGUUUUGUGAGAAUGUUUAGUGUGGCAACGCUAAUUAUAAUAUCGUUUCUUUUUCAAGACACUAAUGGAAACGUGUACACUGAUACAUUUUCAAUUUACAAACAAUUCAUCACCAACAUCCCAGUGCUUACAAAUUCUGAAAAGAUUUCGAGCGAGUGUGCCCAACAGCUAAACAUCUACUCACAACACUUCAACAAUGGUACAGAAUGGGCCAUUAAAAUGUUUUACGCAAACGGACUACAUCCAUUGGAGAUUUCACCAGACGGCACGUCCAGCUUGGGAAACUACGAUGCGUGUUUAAGUCUCCACGAAACAAUGGGCGAGGACGUUGUCGCUGGAAAGUAUUGUUUGGGAAAUUUUUUACUAACCAACCAAACAAAGUCAAAUGAGACAUUACGUUCCGGAUUGUGCUUCCCUAGCAAAUGUUCCGCACUGGAGAUGGAAGAUAUUUUUAGACGUUUGACUGCAAGCGUUCAAGUUGAUGAGGACGUUUGCGACAGUUAUGGAAGUGGUCCUAGUUUAAACGGUACCGCCAUCCUCCUCUUGGCUUUACUUGCUGGAUUAUUAGCACUAGUGGUAUUUUCAACUGUGGCCCAUAUGAAAUACGGGAACAAAAACGUGAUCCUCUCAGCGUUCUCGCUGAAGAAUAACAUUACUAAGUGCCUGGCCACAUCGACUAACGCCGCAAAUACAAUUUCCUGCCUGGAAGGAAUGCGAGUUUUGAGUUUGAUGUGGAUCAUUGUUCGCCACGUAUUCCGAAGUAAGCGUUUGAGGAUUCGUAGUGUGAGGGAUGAGGUGAUCCACACAAUGGUGCUUGGUGGCAGUUUGGCGGUUGAUACGUUUUUUGUAAUGAGCGGCAUGCUCUUGGUAUAUAAUGAGAUGAAGAGGUACAAAAAGGAUGCUAUCCAAUUAAAUCCUUGCAGACGCUAUGCGGCGAGGCUACUAAGGCUCUUACCAGUUUUAACUGUGAUUGUCGUAUUUCAUUUGUCUCUUUUAAAGCACGUAGGUGAUGGGCCUUUGUGGAAAUUGGUGCGCUCGAAUGACGCGUGCCAGACGUAUUGGUGGAGCACGUUACUUUUCGUACAGAAUUACGUCAAUCCUGGAAACAUGUGUUCAUUGGCGAGUUGGUACCUGUGCGCUGAUAUGCAACUGUUCAUCCUUUCCCCUCUACUGUUAGUACCAUUGCAGCGAAAACCAUUUUGGGGUAUGCUCCUUGCUGGUGCUCUGCUUGGAUGCUUAACCGUGGCACCUUUUACGCUUCCUUGGAUAUUCGACGCUGAUACCUUAAAAGCGAUCAGCCUCAAGCAGAAGUACCAAACUCACAUGAGAGCAACACCAUGGUUCGUAGGAUUUAUACUUGGAUACAUUAUUCAUGUUUCAAGAACGAGGAAAUAUACCCUAAACAAAGUUCUGUGUGGAGUCUUAUGGAUGGCGUCUUUAGCUGUUUUUGUUGGUCUAAUUAUACUUGGAGUCCAUACGAGGAAUUAUACCAGUGAAUACAAACUGGAAAAUGCCACAAGAAUGGGGCUAAUGCAUCCACUAUGGUCUUUAGCCAUAGCUUGGUUGAUAUACGCUUGUAGAUUCGGAUAUGGCGGUUUCGUUAACAAAUUUCUUUCCUUACCAAUCUUUCAGGUAUUGUCGAAAUUCACAUACACAGCGUAUCUCGUCCAUUUUGAGUUUGUGAUUAUUGCACACGCUAGGAUCCGUAUAGAGCAACCUUUAACAAUAACUGAAGCGAUUUUGAGAGCUAAUGGUCACAUGUUGGAAACAUUGUAUGUUUCGGUGAUUUUAACUUUAUGUUUGGAAAUGCCUUUUAUAACUAUUAGUCGACUCAUUAAAAAUAAAUAGUUUUUAUUCAUUAAACACUUA